UACCGAUGGCGUCCACCACGCGUGAAAUUUCCAAUAUUUGUAGGUUUUGUCUCUGCCAGGAUGAUUUACUUCCUAUAUCUAAAGCAAUUGAUUCAAUCUUUACUGUUCGUGAUAUAGAACACUUUACUGGCAUCCAGAUCACAGCCGAUGAAUUAUUAGCUUUUGCGAUGUGCGAGAGUUGCCAAAAAAUCUUGGAAAAUUCAGUCACAUUUCGCAUCAAUUGUUUGAAUAAUGAUUUACUAUUCAAAGAACUUUUCUCAGUGCUCAUCGAGAGCGUGAAAGACGAGUCGAAUACUAUUACCGACUAUGCAAAUACAAAGUUGGAUUGUACAAUGAUUGAAAUUCGGGAACAGGUUGAUACAGACGCUACACGAAUCGAUAUUGAAUCGAUUGCGAGCGAUCUUGGAGACACAGACCAAAUGAGUUCAGGGUCAAAUCUUCAAAAUCAAAAUGUAAUUCAAGCUUUUGAAUCGAAUACAAGUGCUCUUGGAGACACAGAUGAAACCAAUGCAGAAGUUAAAAAUGGUCAAAUCAGCAGAAAUUCAGGAAGCCAAAACAAACCCGAUAAACUACAAUCUUAUGCAACAAAAACGCACCUGAUACAAACAUUUUCUAAUAAGAAAAAACUGUGCCCUAUUUGUGGAAAAUUGAUAAUCAAUAUGCUGCCGCACGUUGCCCUGCAUGCGAAGGAAAAGCAAUAUGCUUGCCCACAUUGUAACGUGAAAAUGACUCAUAGAGAGAAUAUGAAAAGGCACAUAGAUGCCGUGCACCUAAAAAGAAUUGUUAAAUUUUGUGAAGAAUGCCGUCAAGGAUUUAUACACCAAAAAAUGUUCGUACGACACAUGAUGUCAGUGCACGGAAUUGGUAGAACUUACGAUUGCACAAUAUGUUCAACGACAUAUAAACUGGAAGCUCAGUACAGAACUCAUGUAAACAAAUGCCACAAGCCUCCCAAAGAAUUUUUGUGUACAAAAUGUAAUAUGAUAUUCAAUAACAGAAGAAACUACGUAGUCCAUCAACGUGUGCAUUCUGACGUUCAACCUUACGCCUGUAGUAAGUGUACGAAGCGUUUUAAAAGUUCGUAUGCUAGAAGAACGCACGAGUUAACCCACACAGGAAUUCGAUUUUCAUGUGAGCUAUGUGAUAAGUCGUAUCGGUACAAAAGUCUUCUUAAUAUGCACUAUAGAAAGGAGCACAACGGAGCGAAAUCUUCAGAUAUUUAUGAUGAUGGUGAAGACGAAUAAAGUUGUUUCAAAUGUCGGGAUUAAACCCGACCCAAACAGUAUUCCAUUAAACAUGGAUUAAAUUUCAAAAAUCAUGUGCAGUACAUAAAAAUAAAAAAAACGAUAAAUAUACA